AUGCUAUUCCGCGCUGCAUCUACCGUCGCCAUCUUGGCGCUUGCCGGCCAGGCGGUGGCCGAGGCCGCAAAGAAACCGUACAAGCCGGAGCUCGCGAAGAUGUCUCUCAGGAGCAUGCUCGGGCGCCGCCAGGAGGACGGCGGUUACCAGCCCGACACGACCUUUUGCGGAACUGGUGCAACUUGCGCUGAGGCAUGUGGAGCUGGAUUCGAGCAGUGCGCUUCCACCGACUCUCAGAUCCACUGUUUCAAUGUCGGCACCUCGCAGACUUGCUGUCCCAACGGCAGCGGAGACUCUUGCGAUGCUGGCUACUACUGCUCUGCCGACUCGGCAGGCGCCACAUGGUGCUGCCCCAACGGCCUGUCGACUGCAGAUUGUGCCGCACAGUUCGGUGUCACCGGGGGCUUGUCGUCGCAGGUUCCCGCGUCAACAUCUUCCAGUGUGGCGGCUACAUCUUCAUCCGCCGCUGCUGUGACGUCGUCUGCUUCUGAGGCCGUCAGCACCAGCAAUGCAGCAGUCGCCACCGAAAACGGCAGCGCCACUGGCACCACCACCACGACGUCCACCGAAGAGUGCACCACCUACACCAGCCAGGUCGUCCAGACUGUGAUCCCUACUCCCGUGGGCACCACCAACAGCACCGGGGUUGCCAAGAGCACCGGCUCCGUGCCGACUGCCUCGUCGCCCGUCUCGACCACUCCUGUCCAGGCCGGUGCUUCCACCCUCCGAGGCUCGAUGGGCGCAGCCGUUGUGCUGGCCGGUCUCGGAUUCGCCGCGCUGCUCUAA